AUGGCGGUGAGUCAGCCCGUCCCUGAGGGUCUUUUGGUGAAUAGCUUGCACCUGAGCGCCACAGGAAUGGAUCAAGGCUGGGGAAACACAGGAGACAGUGGCCUCUUCGUCUACCUGCGUCGCGUCGAGGGGGGCCAGGUGGACGAACCGCUGCUAGGCAUCACCUACGACCGGCGCCGCAGCCUCUCGCUUGAGCAGCUCGGCACCGGGGACGGCGGGGACACGCACCGGGCCUCCUCUGAACUGCUGCGAGGACCUUUUGCUCCGCAAGCUGGAGAUCGUUUCCUGGUGCCCCGAUGGGGCCUAAGGGCCACAGAUCCAAUACCAAACGGGGUACUGCUUCGAUGUCCCAACUACCCGGCCUGGAGCGCCUACUGCAAGCGCUUGCAGCUGGCGGUCGAUUGCCAAGAACAGGUCGAAGAGAAGUUACCCUGGUCCCUGACUGAUCAAUGGCGGGGAGAGCAGGAACGUGCCUUCUUUAGACUGUGGGCCGCUUUGGCGGAAGAUGAAUACCUAUCCUUGGAUAUGUCGCAUCUUUCGCUGGCUGGGCAGCGACUGCAACACGUCUGGAAACCUCUGGGCAGCGACGCCAACUGCGGCGCGUCUUUACGGCCGGAGUUGCUUCCCCGUUUGAAGUCGCUGCUCGCCUCAACGAAGCUGGUGCCGGCGCCGCGCGUCAAAGACGCGGCGGAGAAAUUGCUGGCCAAGCUACAGCGCAACGAAACGGCCGUGGGUGCACCAGCACAGGCGCAGGAGCGGUCUGCCCGCUACGCAGAGCUUGCCUCGGUUGUACAUCGCACCUUUGAUGCCCUGGAGGGCGAGAACAAGGGCGAGUUGCUUGCGGCAGUGCUCCAGCAGUACGCGGACUGUGUGGAGGAUUGCAUCUAUCGCUGGGAAAGAGAGAUUCACAAUAUGCACGACCUUGUCACCGGUGAGACCAGCGGUGAAGGAGCACUUGAUGCGGAGGACGAAGUCUUGCGGGUGCUUUAUCGGAAGCGGCGGCAGAUGGCCGAAAGCGUUCUCCAUCACAGCAAGGGAGCCAAUGAAACGGCGGACAUGCACUUUGAGAGUCACUUCUACGCGAGUCUCCACUUCGGCCUGGCCGAGCAGCUCACCGCGCGCCGCGAUCCGCAUCGCCUGACCUAUCUGCAGCUGGAGAGUCGCGUGAGGCCUGAUGCUCUUCAAGCCAAGCUCUUCAAGGACUACGUGCCAGCGCGGCUACGGCAGACCAUCCGAGAGGAGGUCUUUGAGAGCCAAAGCUCAGGCACCCAAGCACUACGAGAGAAGAUUACCAAUUGGUUCUCUGCCAAUAUCCCUGUUGGCUUUCGCGCCAACGACACGGUGGAGCAGCGUCGCGAGGCUUUCCUCUAUCAGUUCUGCUAUGAUGAAGAGUAUCGAAUUACUGACGAAGCGUUGAACUACAUGUUGUGCUGCAUGCACAUCCUCACUGCACGUUCCCUGAUCUUGCAGGCUUCUGGACAGAGCCUUUCAGAGCCAGAACAAUAUCCUCCAGCCAGCUUUGGUCGCUUCUCUUCGGAGAGCUCUGAAAGAUCCGUGAGGGCCAGAUGCACCAUGAGUUGAGGGCGGAUGAUGGUUGUACAGUUGUACAGCAGCCUUGGGACUCAUGAGAUACCGCCCGGGAAAAAGGUGGAGACCUUAU